AUGGCUAUCAAUAUUGAUUGGACUCAUUCAUUACAUUACAUUACAUUAUUGACCAACCAAAGACAAUGUUCUGUCUUACCAGUCAAGGUUGUGAAUAUACGCGACAAGCGAUUGGCAUUCCUUCACUACUUAUUCAUGGCUGCCAUUGUUGUAUAUAUCAUUGUAUUCACUGUCGUACUUGAGAAGCGAUACCUGGCACUGGAGACUCCAAUUGGUUCGAUCAGGACAAGUUUGAUGGCGCCAGAUUACAGGAAUCCUACUCCACAGUAUUGUCUAUCAUCUGGAAAUUCUACUUAUAAUGGAUAUCCGACAUUGCCUUGCGAGUAUUGGGAUGAACUACUGGCAGUGUAUCCUCCGACAGCGGACAACUCAAUCUUUAUUUCGACGCGAGUCACCACUGAGACACAGGACACUGACAAUGGAUGCUCACUCAGCAGUCCAGACUGCGUAUACGUCACUUCCAACACAUCAUCAUUCUACGUGGCCGACAUCAGUAACUUCACUCUAAUGCUCGAUCACACGAUCUCUGCUCCCGACCUUGGCAUCCAAUACAAUGCCAGGCAGUUGCCAGGUCUACUCAGGAACUCAUCAGGUCACAAAUGGAUACCAGGACCACCAAACAUCGUUGGAAUCGAGAAUGAGUAUGAUAUAUUGACAUUGGGUACGAUCAUGGCUGCAGCAGGACUGCAGAGCUUGGAUGCACCAAGUAUGAGCAACACAUCAAGGAGCAUUCGUGAUGAUGGUAUCAUUAUAUUGUGCUUCAUCACGUAUUCAAACACGUACACGUACAACACCAACAAGUAUAGAUACUCCUAUGAGUUCAAACUGAUCAAGGAUGCCAAGUUCAAAGUGGAGGAGCCCAUCUACACCACCGAUGUCAACCAUCGCUACGUCUUUGAUCGUCAUGGCAUCAAAAUCCUCUUCAUCCAAACUGGCGAGAUUGGUCAGUUUGACUUCCAAGUGAUGUUGCUUACGUUUGUAUCUGGUAUUGGAUUGGUAACAGUGUCUACUGUGAUCGUUGACAUCUUGGCAGUGCGAUUGCUGCCUCAGAAGCGUGUCUAUUCAAAGUGGAAGUAUGAGAAUGUCGAGGUUGCAGAAGGCCCCGAGAGCCCCGAGGCAGGUGAGAGGAGGCCUCUCAUCAAUGAUGCCUCAUCAUCCGACAGCGUCUAG